CGCGUAAAAAAAACUCGCGUUUGCUUCUGACGUGGAUUGAUUUUCUUCUGGUGGUGUAGCUUGAUUGUCCACCCAAAUUGUGCCGGAAGAUAACGCAAUUUCGGACCCCAUUACGGCUGGAACCGGUUGAAAGCUGCUUCAAAAUGAAGACGACAGGUUUAUUUUUGAUGAUCUGUUUGGUAUCGUCAGUUUGGGCGACGCGGGCGGUCAAUAAACGGAUAACGCCUCAGGACCAGGAACGGUAUCAGCGAAUUUUCGCCGAUGGGCUGAAAUCCUCGGAUCUGCAGGCCGUGUAUUAUUCAUCAUUGAAUGUGGCCAAGGUUGAUCCGGAAGCUUGCAAGAGAUUGACCGCUAUCUACAGCGAAUCGAAGUUGAAUGAUUUCGAGAAGAAUUUCUAUUUGACCGGGGCAUGGAAGAAUUUCGGAUGUAAAGAUUCGGUUCCGGCUAAGGUGAAGGAUGCUGUAAAGGCUGCUUUGGCCAAGGAUGCCGGAUCUUCCCAGGAACUUUAUUUCAACUUGAAUUCGGCAAAGUUUUUGAGUCUACCCAUUGAUGAAGCCGUGAAGACACAGGUGGGGAAGAAUCUGCAAGCUAUUUUGAAGAAAGAUGACUCGCUGAACAGUUUGGGCCAUGGUUUUGUGGUGGCUUCCGAAAUCGGUGCUCAAGGAGCUUAUGCUUUCGAUAGGAUCGAGGAAGCUUUCGUCCAGGCCGAUGAAGUCGACGGAAAAAUGCUACAGUUUGAAGGAGGUUUGAGUAUUACGGCACUUGUAGUCAAUAGCGCAUUUAAAUUGUCUGCCAGUUUAAAGAAACCUGUUCCUUUGAACGCUGACCAGGCUGUUAAGUUUGCUGCCUACUUCUUGUCCCGUGCUUCAGUCCAAACGCCCAAGGGAAUCAGCAUUCUGCUGGAAGCGCUCAACACUUUGUCAUCUGAAAAGUCGAUUGCUCCCAUCAGCGUAACACUCGGAGGAAAUGGCCAACUUCAACACGACUCCCCGAUCCUUGCCGUCCAAAUUAGCGAUCUGCAGGGUAAAGCCAUCAAACCAGCCCUGGCCGUGGUCAGCGCAACCGUUACAUCGAAAAUCACCAAGCAACCUCUAGGAACCAAAUUCAAUCUGGUCCCCAGCAACUCGGAUCCAACUACCUACACCUUCAAUCUGAAAUCAUCGAACCCAACCCGUGGCCAGUACAAGGUGGACGUCGAGGCCGGAACCUACAAGCAAUCCCUCGCCGUGGCCGUUCUCGGAAAGGUAAAGGUUGACUCUCUGGAAAUCGGAAUUGGCGAUUCGGAUAGCACCUCGGCCCCGAAAAAGUACACCGUCAAGUACGGAAGCAAACUGGACUCGGAACUGGCCGCCGACUCGCAGCAAAAAUUGGUCCUCCGUACUCAACUGCUGGAUGAAACCACCGGAAAACCAGUUACCGUGCAUCAGGCUUUCGUUCUGUUGAAGAACAAAGCCACCAAGCAGGAGAUUAUUUUCGUGGCCGAAGCUGACACCUCCAAGACGUACAAGUUCGAAAUGGACGUUGGUGCUCGCAGCGCAGACUUCGGAUUCAAGAGUGGUGCCUACUCUGUGGAAAUUAUUGUUGGAGAUGCCCUGAUCUCAAACUCAUUCCGCUGGUUAGUUGCCGACGUUAACAUCAAAUUCACCGGUGAAGCUCCUAAAGAAUCUGCCAACCUUGUGCGUCAACCCCUCCCGGAAAUUAUUCACCAAUUCCGGGUGCCCGAAAAACGUCCGCUGCGAGUUGUCUCGGACCUUUUCACAGCCCUGUGCCUAGCACCCCUUGGCCUCCUAAUCCUGCUGUGGCUCAAGCUACGUGCCAACGUGUCCAACUUCCCUUUCUCGCUCAGUGCCAUCGGCUUCCAUCUGGGCUUGGGAACCAUUUUGGCCCUGUUUGGAGUGUUCUGGCUGAAGCUGAACAUGUUCGACACGGUUCGCUAUUUGAUUCCCCUGGCACUGGCCACGUUCCUGUGCGGAAACCGGCUACUGAGAUCGAUUGCAGCGGCCCGAGGUGCCAGUUCCGAGAAGCAGCAGUAACAGAUCUCAUUCGUCGUCCAGUACUCGUCGGCUAGCACGAAACAUUAAAUAGAACCAACCAACGAAAUCAACAAAGUCACAUUCCCGCGAAUUGAAAACGCAAACGCGCUGGUGUGAAUCGUGUUAGGAGGGGGUUACCAAAAAGAAAGAGACAAAAUAAAGUGACCAACCACUUCCGGGUGGUGCGAGUCUGUGGUUCGGUGUGGAGAAUAUUUUCCGUUCUAGUGGAAAUAAUGUGCUGCUUCAAAAUAAAGUCUGAUUGAAACAAACUAUUUCAUCAAACAACAUAAAUGCCUGUUUGAGUUUUGUCCAACCAUUUUUUUUUUAGGUUCAAUGUUUUCCGAGAGACAGGCGGAGCAGAACUUCUCCUACUUCAGCUACUACUUACUAUCUCUAACACACUUUCUCUAGAAUCUAGACACUCUGAUACAAUGUGAAUAGUUUGAGUGAAAUAAAAAAUAAAGUAAACGAAA